UUUCUUGCCGUGUAAACAAGUAUAAAGCCGACACUGCGGUUGCACAUGUCACGGACUUGUAGCAGCGACAAAGGAAGCCGCCGCCCUCGGCCCCUCCUCCCCCCUCAUGUCGGCUUCCUCGCUCAUGAGCGCUCACGGGGUGGUCCUGGCAACCGCCGUGGCCGUCUCCGGCACCGUCAUCCUGAUCGCCCUCCGCCGGCAGAAGCCCUUCUCUCUCUCCACCGCCACGGUCCCGGCACCUCCUCCGUGGCGGCAUCUGCGGUCCUGCAUGUCCUCUUCCGAGGAGAGGAAGAGGGCGAGGGCGAACAGGAAGAAGAAGAAGCGAGUUCAGUUCGCGGCCGAAGUGGUGGAGUUCGACCUGGGGAGCUCGGCGGAGGAUCACUCGCUCGGAGAACGUCGUCGAGGAGGAGAAGGGCUGGAGGCGAGCCGGAUGCCGGCGAACAGAGCCGCCCUGUACAAUGGAAUUCUCAGAGAUCGGGGGAUGCAGAGGAUGUCCUGCUGCUACUGAUCGUCGUCAUCAUCGUCAUCAUCAUCGUCGUCUGUUGUAUGAAUGAUUUCUCUUCUUCUCGUCGUGCUUCUUCCUCGGCUCGUUGUUCCAGUGGAAGAACAACAUGCUCGGAUUACUCCUAACUCUGUGUAAUUAGUCAUCGAGUUCUCGAAGAACAAGAUUGAACUGCA